AUGGAUGGCUCUAAUAAUUCAUCAGGAGGUUUAUCUUCGCGCAGUCUUCCCUCGCUGUUCGCAAUGAGCAAUGGUUCCUCAAUGGCCACCAAAGACCUGGACAGUCUGAUAGCCAUUAAUGACAGUGCUUUGUCUCAACAAAUCGAAUUUAUACUACAGGAUGCUCCCAUGGAGGAGCAUGACGACGAUGAUGAUGAGGAUCAGCAGCAUCAAGGUAGCAAUGACAUAAUGACCUCUGUCAAGGGUCAACAGCAGCAUCAGCUCAUGGACACAGAAAGUAAUUCCGAAGGGGCCAUAUCAGUAGUUGGUACUGGACAAGCUAGCGUUAUAAAACUUGAGACCCCACCGAACUCUACAACACCCAUAACAAGCGCUUCCGAUUUAAGUCAAACCAGUCAAGAUGCCGCCGAACUACAACACCAGCAACAAUCCAUGGUGAAGACUAUCACACAUCAUCAUCAGCAGCAGCAACAGCACCAUAUAACGACCACAGCGGCCAGACAGCAGCAUCAUUUCCUUAAUGGCCGUGGCAUUAUUGUUAGAUCUUCAGAUAUCCAUGACUAUAAUUCCCUGCCUUUAGCAACAACAACAGUCGCGUCGGUGCAACACCACCACAACGACGAGGAGGAAGAAGAAGAUCCCGAAUUAAAUGAUGAAAAUCUUCAAGACAUUGAAGAAGAAGCCAAGGCAGCUGAGGCCGAUGAAGAGCCUCCCCUAUUAGAUGGUAGCCAAAUUAAAGUAGAACAUAUGGAUGAAAUGGUGGAGACUGUGUCAGCCCCACGGCUGACCUAUACCAGUGGUCCGACCACAGUGACCACCACAAAUGCUGAAGGUCAACCCACCCAGCUGGUGUUGCCUGCCGGCUCUAUUGUUAGCACCACAACACGAUCGGUUACCGUACCGGUGUCCGAAGCUUUAGCUCAUCUACAAAGACGUCCAGUAUUCAUAAGUAAUGGCAUGGCCAAUGUGGGUGGCACAACUCUGGUGCGUAUGCCCGCCAUGUUGAGUCGAAACGGCUCGAUGGCUGUAUUGAAUGUGGUCCAACAACAGGUUGGAAGUGGUGGUCAGACCACCCAAUUGAUUUUGCAAGCCUCACCCGUCUGUAGUGUGGCCAACUCGGGGAAUAGUACACCAAUGUUAGUGACAACCUCGCCACAGGCAUCCAUAUCUGGUGGUGAAUUAUCAGGGAACUCGUCUCCAAGAACCGCAACUAUUUCGGCAGCCGGCUCCACACCAUCAAAUGGUGGUGGUGGCAGUAAUCAAAUUCUUUCGAAUGCAUUAACGGGAAAUUCGCCCACAAUAAUGGCCAUAAAUACAAGUCCUAGCAAUAGCAACAACAAUACUGCUACCAUCGUAACAACACCAGCAUCAACACCAACCAGAUCACCACCCAGAUCUGGACAAAACAGCAACUCCUCCAGUACAGCACAACAGCAACAGCAGCAACAACAUCCGGUGGCAUCCACCUCAGCACAAGCCCAACAACAGCAGCAGCAACAAAUUGUUGCAACAAACUACAGCCGCAAUACAGCAUCAACAUCGCCACCAUCUUCCACAUCGUCAGCCGCCUCCCCACCUUCAUCGACAUCCACACCCUCCGGCACAAUUUACCAGUGUAUGGAAUGCGUUGAGAAAUUCGAUAACAAGGAACUCUAUGAAAUUCAUCGUUCCGGACAUGCCAACAACAUGAAAUGCGCCAUCUGUAAUAUGGUCCUGAAAUCCUUGAAAAAUUACGAAAAGCAUUGUCUUCGCUGCAAACCAUACGAAUGUCAGAUAUGCGGUCGUGUGGUACGUUUUCGUCCGAAUUUCAUCAAGCACAUGCGCGUCCAUACCGGCCAACAGUCCGAGCGUCAUAAAUACAAAUGCGAAGUGUGCCACAAGGAAUUUAUGAGUUUCGAAUAUUUCAAAGUCCACAAAAAGAUUCACAAUGAAAAUGUCAAUUUGACAUGUGAAAUAUGUGGUAAACAAUUUAGUGCCCUGGCUUCGUUGCGGGGUCAUUCCAAAUUGCAUUCAGGUGUUAAAUUGCACAAAUGUGAAGUUUGCGGCAAAGGUUUUGGUCAACGUUACAAUUUGAAGAUACACGCUCGCACCCACACCGGUGAUUUUCCAUUCGAAUGUAAAAUUUGCAAAAAGAAAUUGCACACCCAAUCAUCGUUGCAGACCCACAUGCAAGUCCAUCAACGUGUUCAAACGACAACAUCAGCAUCUACAUCUGCAUCAUCGUCGUCAACGUCACAGGCAACGUCGACAAUUAAAUCGACCGCCACCAGUACCACAACUAGUGGUGCUGCCGUUGGUGGUGGUGGCAACACAAGUUCGAGCAGUAGUGCCGAUAAUAGUGCUCACAAUUCCCCCACAUCCACCAUUGUUAAGAUGGAACCACAAAUAUCGCUGUCAUCAGCCAGUAAUUUGCUCUUGAGCCAACACUCAACAUCAUCUAUGCACGACGAUUUGGAUGAGAAUUCCGGACUGAGCGAUGGUCUAAAUAGUUUAAAUGGCCAUCAAUAUGUUAGUACGAGUAGUCUGAAUAAUACAAUGAUUACGACAGCCACCGGUGAAGAAUCUUCGGAAUCUUCGAAUACAUCUCAAGAAUUGCGACAAACACGGCAAAUAUUAUUAAACGGUGCAACACCCACCCGGGCAAUUGUGAUCAAUAAUUAUAUGCAAAGUGAUAAGGGUGUUGAUACGCUGCUGUCGCAGACAUCGCAACCGACACAACGGCAUCAUGCUCAAGUUAUACGUCAAAAUAGUAGUGGUGGGGGUGGUGGAGUUAUUGGCGGCGCUAGUAGUAGUGGUGGCGGUGGUGUUGGCGCCAGUAGCAGUGCUUUGCAGCAGCAAUUGAUGCGUAAGACACCAAUAAUACAUUCGACUGGCGGUGUUACUUCCUUAUCUGGUUCAGUAUUUAAUAGUUCAAUACAGCAAAGGGGUUCAUCGCCCUCACCCUCGCCGUCGUCAUCAUCAACGUCAUGUUCCUCUUCAGUUGUGGUCUCCAAAUCGUCGGGUGGUGUGCCCCUAUCAUUGGCCUCCGCCGCCCUCGGAUCCUCCUCGAUAAUACGCAGUACACGUGAUCAUGACCUCAACGGUCAUCAUCAUCAACACCAACAACAACAAAACCAAUCGCAACGUAAUAACCACCGAAAUCACCACCGGCGUCGUCAUCUAGCCGAUAUGGAUGAUGACGAUGAUGAUACGAAUUUACAUCAUCCCACGAAUGGACGUCAUUUCCAUGAUGAUGAUGACGAUGUUAUGUUAGAUGAGAAGUGUUCCCCGUCCCUGGCAACAACGGCCAUUAAAACUGAACCGAAUUUCUAUGUUUCGGGUGAUAAUUCCAAUGAAAUGCUUAUUAAAGAGGAGGUCGUUUUCCACGAUGAUGCUUCCAAUCAUUCACCCCACUCACCGCCCGGCUCCAAGUUCGGUAUGUCCAACUUCGACAAUGAUCUCGAUCAUCAUGUCGAUUUGUCGCAUGCGUUACCCACAUAUGGCUAUCUGUUGGACCAGCAUUCAAUACCCGAUACAAUACCAGCUCAAUUAUAUGCCGAUGAUGAUGAUUUUCGAUUAGAUCACAAUUCGUUGGGUGCACUGCACAAUAAUUCGUCGUCGACAAAUGAUGGGGAUUACAUCAAGAAGGAAUGGAGCUAUGGCACCAGUUCGAAUUAUACAAUAAAUGGCAAAUUCGAUGAUGACAGCAAUGCAUUGUGCGAUGCCGCAAAUUUCAUAUAUAAUUGAUUGACACCGACACCACCAACUCCAUCACCGGUAUUUAUAGGUGAUGGUUGAUGAUGAUAAU